GUUGUGCAACGUUUUGUCGGGGCUGAACGCAGCCCAGGGACUUCGCAGGCUGGGCUCUCGGGGACUUUUGUACCUGUUUCUAUUCAUUUUAUACACUUUGUAGUCGACUGUUUUACUAACGCACUUUUGCUACUUUGAUAUUGAAGCAUCGGGCGUUUUAUUUGUACAAUAUUUUUUCUGUAUCUAGCGUGCCAAGUCAAGGAAAUCUCUCGUUUGCAAAUUGAAACCACGUAACCAUUAAACUAUCGGAAAUAUACAAAACAAUCAAUGCUACGUUUUCAACCGAUUUCCCAUAGAUAGUCGUCGUGAUUUAAAUAUCAAGAAAUCAAACAUCUAAAGAUUUAUUCAAAGAAUGACUGCUGUGCUGAAUAUCCAGACGUUAUUGGAAGCAGCCGAAUAUUUAGAGAGGAGAGAAAGAGAGUGUGAACACGGAUAUGCCUCGACCUUUCCGUCUAUUCAGCACUCCAACUACCAGAGACAAAGGAAAUUCCGAAAUAAAAAGUACAACAACAACCACAACAGGUCCACACAUAAUGAGCUGGAGAAAAAUCGGCGAGCCCAUCUUCGUUUGUGUUUGGAACGAUUGAAGACUCUCAUCCCGCUGGGACCAGACUGUAGCCGGCACACCACGUUGGGACUGCUCAACAAGGCCAAAGCACAUAUAAAGAAACUGGAAGAUAUGGAUCGUAAAUCUCGGAAUCAGUUGGAGAAUUUGGAGCGGGAGCAGCGUCACCUCCAAAGGCGACUGGACCUGCUGCGGGACGGCGGGGGCGCACUGGAGGGAGAGAGGAUACGCACCGACAGCGUCGGCUCCACCGUCUGCUCCGAGAGAUCCGACCGCUCCGACUCAGACCAAGAAGAGAUGGAGGUGGACGUAGAGAGCACAGAGUUUUCUCACGGAGAGCUGGACUGCAUCAGCACAACCAGCACCAGCGAUCUGGACGACCACAGCAGUCUACAGAGCACUGCCAGCGACGAGGGUUAUUCCUCCUGCAGCAUCAAACUGGCCUUCAGCUCAUAAAACGAGCAUGAGCAACACACACUAUCCCAGCCCUCAAAAUGAGUGCUAGACCACUUGUCCCUUUUUGACCAAUCAGAGACUCUUAGUUAAGUCAGGUGACCAGAACACAGCCCCCCGCCCCAAAUUAAUAAGCCUGAUUUGUUGUUUUAUUUUCCUGAAUGUAUGAGACGGAAACAAUCUGUGAUUGUGAUGUAUGUCUAAAUGAGAGAUUUUAAUUGGACUGAGUCGUCAGUACCUUAACCCCUUUUUCCGAAAGGAAAGCUGAAGUGUAUAAAAAAGAAAAGUUUGUUAGCCAUUAUUUUAGUCGAACCCCCAAUUGUUGAUUUUCCACAAGAAAGGGUCGUGUACUGGUCACUAUUCGGCUACAAAUUACAAAUUACAAACGCCUGACAUGUGAAUCAUAUCAAGUUCUAAACCUCACCCGGUGUGUUCGUUUCAACAUCGCUGCUCGACAGCGAGAAAGACUGUCAUUGGUGCUACGUGACACGAAACCAACAAAAGCAGACAAUUCUGCCGGAAAACGACAACAAUCCCGAUUGUGGGAAUUUUGGUGCAUUUGAACUGCGGACGCAGUUUUCGCACAGCAGCUAAAACCCAGCGAUCUUGCACUCGACCGCAUAGAGCCCUCCACAGUACUGGCGCCACGUCACCCCUAUGUUUAAAUAGAUGUCUGUUCGGGCAGUAAUAAGCAAUAAAUCUCUUUUAGUCGGAUGAACACGAUUAGCACUCCGUCUCCUGAGACACAAUACUUGUGUCCGUCCAAAAGAGCAACAACGGCUCGUUUUUUUGUACAUAAAUACGAUAGUUUAAUAAAUUAAAUGAGUUGGAAAGGUAGUUACCCAUGGGUAGGACUAUUGCCUUUGUUGCUGUACGUCUUGUGUUUUGUGCAUUUUAAAUUAUAUUUUUGCAAAAGAUUGACUAUCUUCCUCUGAGAGUUCGGUGGCAUGGACAGUAUUAUUUGUUCAUUAUGCUGGAUGAAACGCGAUCGUUUCGAUUCUGUGGCUGCCCGAUAAAUUUUACGACUUUUAAACGAACACACGCAAGUACUUAAAAGUAAUCAAACCAACAGGUGAACGCCAAAGCGUGGACCUCUAGGCAUGCUAACUCUGAGUGGCGCUCUUUAUUUAUUCGAUUUUAAAAAAUAUAUAUUUUAUUUGUUUUAAAGCUAAAAUUCAUUCCACUACUAGUAUCGUGUGCUGUGGACGUUGAGUACGUGUAAGCGCGUGCGUCGAAAUCAUCGCAGUUUCGCGCCAUGCUUCUCGCUGUGUACUGUAUGCUCGAUUUGUUUUUUUUUG